AACACGUCAGAUGCAAUUCCGACCAAUGAAGAGCCCACAAACGCAAUAUGAGUCCAACGUUUUAGUAGUGGUUGCUCUUUCAAAGCAAAGCGUAGUGCAAAGUUCUGGAGAUUGCGUGAUCCCUUCAUUUUUCUUUCUUUCAAGAAUUUUGAGCUGCGAGCUGUAAUUUCUUCCCUUCAUUGGUUUAUGCUGAAAAAGGUUGGAUUUUUACUGAUUCCUUUUAUUAGAAUUGGGCAUUUUAGCUUGAUUCUGUGAUGAAUUUAGACACCAUUUGAGCUGUAAUUUCUUCCUUUAUAUGGUGAUUGUUUUUAUCAUUUAGUAUAGUUUACACAUGUUAUUAUAUUUGUAGAGUUCUUGCUAUCAUGGUAAUCAAAUGUUGAUUGUGCCUCACAAGAAGAAAAUUUGGGACUGUUUUGCUUUGCCUUGGUUGUGAUCGGGGCAUUUUGUGUUGCAACUUGAAGCACUAAUUUGCUUAGUAGUAUAUUCUGUUUUAGACAUUUUAGACUAAGUAUUGUUUGUGGUUACUUUGUGUUAAAUGGUGUAAUCGACAUAUUGGAGAGAAGAGAACACUGUUAAUUUGUAUUGAAUGGGAUAAAAUUUUCAAUUGUAUAGAUGACCCUUUAAGUAGGGUGUAGGAGACAAUGUACAUGGUAAGAUCAUUAAUUACACAAUAUUAUGUCAAUCAUCUAAUUUGAGCAAUUGAUUCUAAUUGCAAUCUUUCUUUUUCUAACACUCCCACUCAAAUUGAGUGGUGGGGUCUCCAAUACUCAAUUUGCAAAAAGCAUAUUCAAAAGCUCUUGUAUUGGCUGUCUUCGUCAACAUGUCGGCAAGUUGAUCUUCUGAGCGAACAAAUGGUAGCUCAACAAUUCCCCUUUCAAUGUUUUCUUUGAUAAAGUGUUUGUCCACCUCGACAUGUUUGGUCCGAUCGUAUUGAACCGGGUUUUCUGAAAUGCUUAUGGCGGCCUUGUUAUCACAGUAUAGUCUACACUUCUUUCAUGGAAAGAGACCAAGUUCCUUCAUCAACCUUCUUAGCCACAUUAUCUCAGUUAGUCCACUUUUGAUACCACGAAACUCUGCAUCAGCACUAGAAAGAGCCACCACUUUUUGUUUUUACUUCUCCAAGUUACCAAGUUACCUCCAACAAAGGUAAAAUACCCCGCGGUGGACUUCCUAUCAUUCGGAUUCCCCACCCAAUCAGCAUCCGUGUAUCCAUGAAUCUCAAGGUUCCCAUUUUUAGAAAAUAACACUCCAUGCCCUGUUGUCCCCUUCAGAUAUCGACAAAUCCUGAGCGUUGCCUCCAUAUGAUCCAUCUGUGGUUUAUGCAUGAACUGACUCAUGAUCCCUAUGGCGUAGGCAAUGUCUGGCCUAGUAUGCGAUAGGUAGAUGAGCUUUCCAUCUAGUCCCUGAUAUCGACCUCGAUCGGUCAACUCGGCUUUAUCAUUAAUCUGCAAUCCAUGAUAAACUGCUAUAGGCGUAUCUGCCGGUUUACACUCUAGGAGCCCCGUUUCUGCAAGAAUGUCCAGAAUAUAUUUUCUCUGUCUCAAAAAGAUCCCUCUCUAUGAUCUCAACACCUCGAUCCCAAGGAAGAACUUGAGAUCCCCUAAGUCCUUUAUCUCAAACUCCUGAAACAGAUUCCUCUUCAAGUUCUCAAUCUCUUCCAAGUCGUCACCUGUGAUAAUCAUGUCAUCGACAUAUAUGAUUAAGCAAGUGAUUUUAUCCCCUCUCUUUUUCAGAAACAGAGUAUGAUCAGAGUUGCUCUGUUUGUAUCCAUAACUAAUCAUUGCCCCGGCGAAAAACCAUACUCUUGGGGACUGCUUCAACCCAUUUAAAGUCUUUUUCAGCCUACAUCCUUCUCCUAUCUUGAAGUCUGCUGCGAAUCCUGGAGGGGCCUCCGUAUAUACCUCUUCUUCCUUUUUUAGCUCACUAUGAAGCGUCACAUCGAAUUGAUGCAGUGGCCAAUCUUUAUUUGCCGCCACAGACAAUAAGACUCGAAUUGUGUUUAUCUUGGCCACUGGGGAGAAAGUUUCUGAAUAAUCUACCACAUAUGUCUAGGUAUAGCCCUUCGCGACUAGCCAUGCUUUGUACCUCUCAACUGAGCCAUCUGGUCUCCUCUUGAUAAUGAAGACCCAUCGACAUCCUACAGGCCGCUUCCCUUUGGGUAAGAUGCACGUUUCCCAAGUAUUGUUCCGGAUCAGUGCAUCUAUUUUCUUUUGCAUUGCCUCUCUCCAGUGCUUAUGCCGCAUAGCCUCUUCCCAUGAUUGUGGAAUCUCUUCCUCCUCAUACAGUGCCUUCUCAAAUGCUUGAGCCAUUUCUGACAGAUGACUCGUAACUAGGCAAGCCACAGAGUAGCGAGCCUUCCUGAUAAUCCUCUAUGGGGUAUAUCUUUUUGGCGGAACUCCCCUAUUGGCCCGGUAUGGAAGAAUGUACCCCCCUGUGUCGGGGUCAAUUCCUUCGACUUCUUCUACCCCACUGGUUUCUUCAUCCGUGUUCACCACAUCGUGGCCUGCUUCUUCCUUCACACUUACAUCAUCAGUAGUAAAUGGUGUAAUCGACAUAUUAGAGAGAAGAGAACACUGUUAAUUUGUAUUGAAUGGGAUAGAUCUUUCAAUUGUAUAGAGGACCCUUUAAGUAGGGUGUAGGAGACAAUGUACAUUAUAAGAUCAUUAAUUACACACUAUUAUGUUAAUCAUCUAAUCUGAGCAAUUGAUUCUAAUUGCAAUCUUUCAUUUUUAACACUUUGUUUGAUCAAAUAUUUUGCUUUGUUGGAGGCAUUAAACCCUUAAUGGCUGCAAUUCUAGCUUCCUUUAGCUGUGGUUACCGCGUAGGGGACCGGACAAAUCAAGGAAGAUUAGGAGAAGAUAUUAGUUUCUCAGGAAACAUAUCAAACCAUGACCUCUCAAGAUUUGACAAAGAUGUGUACGCCCUUUUCAAAACCCGAAAGCUCUGUAGGUUGCAAGUCUCUAUGCAGCAGACAGAGUUAUCCACAAAAGUUGGUACAAACGGGCGAGCAACUAAAAUGGUGCCAACGACUGAGCUCAUGAAGGAAAAAUCAGUGUCCGUUAGUCCAUCACAGGGUGUGAAUGGCUCUACGAGGAAUGUAAAUAGUGGGAAGCUCGUGAAGAGUCCCCCGAAAACAUCAAGAACCAGCGUGCUUCCGCCUAUUGAAGGGCUGAAAGUUUUGCCUUCGGAUGAAGGCUUCAGUUGGGCAAAUGAGAACUACAACUCUGUCCAGAGGAGUAUAGAUGUGUGGUCCUUUGUUCUUUCCCUUCGUGCGCAUGUUUACUUGGACAAUGCCAAGUGGACGUACACUGGAGGCUUCUCCGAGGAUAAGCAGGUGGAGAGGAGACGAAAAACUGCCUCGUGGUUAAGGGAAUGUGUGCUGCAACUUGGCCCGACUUUCAUCAAGCUUGGCCAAUUAUCCUCAACGAGAUCUGAUCUGUUUCCAAAAGAAUUUGUUGAUGAGCUUGCUAAGCUGCAGGAUAGAGUACCGGCAUUUUCACCAAGCAAAGCAAAGACCUUCAUAGAAAAGGAAUUGGGUGCCCCUCUUUAUAUGUUAUACAAGGAGUUUGAAGACCUCCCUAUAGCUGCUGCUAGCCUUGGUCAGCUGUUUGUGCACAGAGCUAUCUUGCAUAACGAAGAGACGGUGGUGGUAAAAGUCCAAAGACCGGGGCUAAAGAAGCUCUUCGAUAUUGAUCUUAAAAAUCUAAAGCUAAUUGCUGAGUACUUCCAAAAGAGUGAAACUCUUGGUGGCCCGACAAGGGAUUGGGUCGGAAUAUACGAAGAAUGUGCAAAGAUCUUGUAUGAGGAAAUCGAUUAUGUUAAUGAAGGAAAGAAUGCUGAUAGAUUUCGUCGUGACUUUAGAAAUAUAAAGUGGGUCCGAGUUCCUAUGGUGUACUGGGAUUAUACAGCAAUGAAAGUGCUGACAUUGGAGUAUGUUCCUGGAAUUAAGAUAAAUCAGGUGGAUCUGAUAGACGGGCGUGGUUACAGUCGAUCUAGAAUUUCUUCGCGUGCUAUUGAAGCCUACUUGAUUCAAAUACUAAAGACUGGUUUCUUUCAUGCUGAUCCGCACCCGGGAAAUCUUGCCAUUGAUGUCGAUGAAGCCCUCAUAUACUAUGACUUUGGCAUGAUGGGAGAGAUCAAGAGCUUCACAAGGGAGCGGCUGUUGGAUCUUUUCUAUUCCGUUUAUGAGAAGGAUGCAAAAAAGGUGAUGCAAGGUCUCAUAGAUCUUGGUGCACUUCAGCCCACAGGAGACAUGACAUCGGUCAGGAAAACAGUACAGUUCUUCUUGGAUAAUUUGUUGAAUCAAAGACCAGAUCAGCAGCAAACUCUUUCUGCAAUUGGUGAGGAUCUAUUUGCAAUAGCAACGGACCAGCCCUUCCGGUUUCCCUCCACCUUCACGUUCGUGCUGAGGGCGUUUUCAACACUCGAAGGCAUUGGAUACACUCUGAAUCCGGAAUUUUCCUUCCCAAAGAUUGCUGCACCAUACGCUCAGGAGCUCCUAGACUUGAGACAGCAACGCCCAACUGGACCACGGCUCGUUCAAGAAAUAAGGAAACAAGCUGAUGAUGCAAGAUCAACGACGAUCUCCAUGCCUUACCGGAUCCAACGCAUAGAAGACAUCGUGAAACAGCUUGAAUCCGGAGAUUUGAAGCUCAGAGUCCGAGUACUGGAGUCGGAGAGAGCAGCUCGGAAAGCAACCAUACUGCAAAUGGCAACUAUGUACACAGUCUGUGGAGGCACCUUCUUGAAUCUUGGCGUCGCGUUCGUCAAUCAAGGCAGUGAAGCUAUAGCAAAUGGAUCUUUCGUCGUUGCAGGUGUUUUCCUCACUCUGCUCAUCACAUCUAUGCAAAGGGUGAAAAGGCUUGACAAAUUUGAGAAAAUGAUAUGAUGUUUGAUCCAUCCUUGUGUACAAAUUUAUUGUAAAGUCGCAUUACGAGGAAUUAUACUUACAUAUAUUUUUCAUACAUAUUGUUAGAUUUAUACAAAUAGAUGAAUAGUUGUGCUGGAUGAUGAUUUAUAACAUUCUUUUGGUUGGUCAA